AAGCCCUCUGGCCCAAAUCACCUGCAUCUCAGCGCUGCGAGGCGGCCGUGGAAGCUGAGGCCAUGGUGGACCAGGUGAAGGAGAUGCAGCGGAGCGACCCUGUCGCAAAGGAGCAGUGGCACGCGUUCUGCGACCAGUACGGCGAGGGCGUGCGGGACCCCGCCAAGCACGACAUCUCUUUUCUCAAUAGCUUCAUCACCCAGUACCAGUCUGGGGCGCGCCUGGAGUACAAAGAGGGCGGCGAGCUCGUCAAGUUCAUCAAGCUGGGGCAGAGGAAGUCGCAGGGCUGGAAGGCCGCGUGGGAGGCCUACUGCGCCGAGCGCCCCAAGAACAACGGGAGGCCGGAGCACGACCCCGCGAAGCACGACUCCUCGUUCCUGGAGGGCUUCUUCGACUUCAUCGGCCGCGCGUACCAGAGUACAAGCAUGAUGGGCAUGGGCGGCAUGGGGUACGGCGGCAUGGGCAUGGGCAUGGCCAUGUCCGCCCCCCCCACGAAGAGGGGGCCCGGCGGCAUGGGCACCACAACUGGCGACCCGAUGAGGGACCAGUUGGUCGCGAAGAUCAAGGCCUUUCAGCGGACGGGAGAAGCCGCAAAGCAGACUUGGCAUAUGUUUUGCGACACCAACCUCGGGGGCAUGUACGACCCCUCCCGCCACGACGCCGCCACCCUGCAGAUGUUCAUUGACAACAACGGCAUCAACGACAUGCCCGCGUCCCCAAUGGGCGGCGGUGGCGGAGCCGGCGUUGGAGCAAACCACCCGCUGGUCCUGCGGAUCAAGAACUACCAGAGGCAGGGCGAGGCCCAGAAGCAGGCGUGGCACAAUUAUUGUGACACCAGCCUGGGAGGCAAGUACGACCCAUCCAGGCACGAUGAAUCCGCUCUGUCGACCUUCAUCAUGACAUACGGCGUGCCGUGACAGAGAGCUGUAGCGCUGCUGUGCGUGGCUGCUCCACCAGUGAUCCUGGGCAGACGGCGUCGAUGCCCACGGGGCUGGUAGAGCAUUUUCUCAGUUGGGAUUUGUUCAUUCAUAGGUCAUUCGUCUGCUAAUUUCUUCUCCUCUCCUGCUCUCGGCAUCUGCCUCCUCCCCGCCGUCUCGCCGAAGGCAGCGGGAGGGCGCCUUAUGAAAAGCCGGAGCGGCGCCCACUCGCCGACCGGGCGGGCCGCUCCCCGACGCCAGAUGCCCUCGUGACGCCCGCCGACCCGAUGCGGCCAGGGCCUGCACCCCCCCAUCGAAAA